CAUCCUGUACAUCUCAGGAGUUCAUGGACGAGCAAACAGCAUCUGUGCUUUAAAAGGUUCAUCAGUGGAUCUGCCCUGCUCAGCUCAACAUCCCACUACAACCAUGAAGUGGUACACUGUACACAGGAAUGGAUCUACAUUUGUUCAGACGGAGGUCUCUGCAGAUGAAAAUCGUGUGACGUACAACAUGUCUGCAGAGAGUAACUUCACUCUAACAAUCAAAGAUCUGAGAGAGAGCGAUGCAAAUGAUUACUGCUGCAGAGAGACUACUGACGACACAGAACUCUGCUGGAACAACAAAACUGAGCUCCAGGUUUCAGAACUGAAACUUUGGGUGGAUUCUGCAGUGGUGAAAGAGGGUCGGAGCGUCACACUGACCUGCAAUACCAGCUGUCCUCUGCCUGACAACACAAACUACACCUGGUACUUUAACAGUCAACGUCUGGGCCAACAAAAGAAGAAGAAAGAGAAGAACCAAUAUUACCAAAAAAAAACCAGGAAUGAGGAUGCAGGAACCUACUCCUGUGCUGUCAAUUACAGUACAAAAAGCAUUAGAUCUGGUAAAAUAAUUCUGAAAGUUGAAAGUACUCGGACAGCAGCAGAAGCAGCAGCCAAAGCAUCAGCAGCUGCAGCAGCUGCAGCAGGAGUCUGUGCUCUUCUCCUGGCUAUCACACUUCUGGUUGUUUUAUUUUGGAUUAGAAAACAGAGGGCUUCGGGUCAAUCUCCUAAAGAGGAAGCAACGGACAACACGGAGCAGCUAAACCCUGAUCCUGUGUAUGAAAACAUCUUAGCUGGACCAGCAGAGCAGGAAGAGCUUCACUAUAGCAGAGUCUACUUCUCUAAGAGUCAGGCAGAACCUCUUUACUCCACCAUCGAACCAAAUCAGCCCAAUCGACAGGAGCAUGGGGCUUAUUACACCAGCAUUGAGUGAGCAUCUCUUACCAUUACAACUGAUUGGGAUCUACUUAGUGGCCUUACUCAUCUUGAUCAGUGGUAAUAUUUUCAACAACCAGCAUUUCAAGGCUUUUUUCCACCCUCCAUUUCACUUCACUCCAUGCUAAUGUGGACCAGGAGUUCCUUAAAAGUACUGAGCCUCCCGAGCAAAA